AUGAAUAACUUGCCUUCCCUUAAGCUUCCUGGGCCUCAAAUACUGGUCAAAUGGCCAAACGACGUUUACGUGAUCGAUCAGCCGGGCCACACUUUCGGCCGGUGCCCCACAAUUUCCCAAGAGUCUUUCAACCCUUCCGGACCAGUUAAUUCUAGCAACAAAAGCGUUGGCAAAAAUAGCCGUGGUCCUUCUACAUCAUGGCUGAGCGAAACGGAGUCAUCAUCGCCCGAGGCUAAUCUGAAUGGAAAGCUAGCCGGAAUACUGGUUCGAGCCAGUGUGAGCAGUCUAACUGAUACCAGUGGCAACCAACCGAAUGGAGUGCACCAUAUCGAUUGUCUGAUUGGUGCCGGUGUGAACGUCUCCAACAGCCGGCCUACAGUCUGUUUACAUGAUAUUAUCAAGCGAACUAGACGAAUUCUAGCCUCAAAAAAUCCUGGUUAUAUGGACAAACAUAUUCUUCAGUGUCCGGUUAAUCUUCGUGGUUGA